CCCAGUAGCCGAGCGUUCAGAUCACUCGGAUUUUUUGUUACCCAAAAAAAAAAAAAAGAUAAAUUUGCUGUUCGCAGCGGUUGCUUUCAUCAUCUUCCCUACCGAUCGGGAAACAUCAGAACGGUCGGAUUUCUCCUCGCCUCACCAUUGUUGUCGAGGGAAUUCCAUGCUGCUACCAAUUAUCAUCUGCCAUCGAAGCGUGAAACGGUGCGGUAUUGAUCAUAGCGGAGAGCAAGCCAACGGAGUGAAACCAUGAACAACAACAAUUACAGCUCAGGAAUGAUGAUAGCAGGAGGAGGAAGACUAUCUUCUUCAUCUACGGCGACGGGAACUGGGAAAGGAGCUUCCUCGUCUUGGGUUUCGACGACGUCUGUCUCAGCGUCGGGGAAAAGGAUACAGAGGGAGAUGACGGAGCUCAACAUGGACCCACCUCGCGAUUGCGCCGCUGGACCCAAGGGUGACAAUCUCUAUAACUGGGUUUCCACCGUUAUUGGCCCCUCAGGAACUCCGUAUGAAGGUGGCAUAUUUUUCCUCGACAUAACUUUCCCAACUGAUUAUCCCUUCAAACCUCCGAAGGUGGUAUUCAAAACUGGAAUUUACCACUGCAAUGUUGAUUCUUCUGGCAAUUUAAAUUUGGAGAUUUUAAACAAUAAUUGGAGUCCAGCUCUGACAAUCACAAAGGUACUACGUGCAAUCAGAUCAAUCUUCACAAACCCUGAUCCUUAUAAUCCACUCGUACCUGGCAUUGCUCACUUAUACUUGACAGAUAGAGCCAAACACGAUGAAAUGGCUACGGAGUGGACGUUGAGAUUUGCGAGGUAAUAUAAAUAAACGGUCCGGAAAACAGAAUUUCCGAUACGAGAUGUCUUUUCCAGCAUCAGAAUAUAUCUUGUAAGAAAAUUCCAAAAAAGCUGCCUAGAUUUUCUGGUUCAUCCUCUGGAACUUGGAAACAUUCAGGCAUGUUUGAUAACCAGUUCAAGAACACAAACUUGCUGUAGGCAACUUUCUGUAAUCCCUUCCUGCAAAUAUUUUGAGGUUUAUGCUGUUUAGGGUUUUGAUUCAAACUCCA